AUGCCCGAGCCUCGGAAUAUUCAUGAGUUAAAAAGACUGCAAGGGAAGCUAGCUUAUAUUAGGAGAUUCAUUUCGAAUUUAGCUGGGAGGUGUCAACCAUUCAGUCGUCUCAUGAAGAAAGGCGCCCCUUUCAAGUGGGACGAAGCAUAUACUAAUGCCUUCGAGAAUAUCAAGUCAUAUUUAAUGAAGCCUCCAGUUCUAGUAGCCCCUGUACCUGGAAAACCAUUGAUACUGUACAUUUCAGCACAAGAAAGGUCGGUUGGAGCGUUGUUGGCCCAAGAGAAUAGCGAAGGGAAAGAAAAUUCUCUUUACUACUUGAGCAGAAUGAUGACACCUAAUGAGCUGAAUUACGCACCAAUUGAAAAGUUGUGUUUGGCUCUAGUCUUCUGGAUUCAAAAGCUGAAGCACUACUUUCAAGCUCAUAGUGUUAACCUCAUUUCCAGAGCAAAUCCCAUCAAGUUUGUGAUGUCAAAACCAGUCCUCAGUGAUCGACUGGCAAGGUGGUACCUCCAGUUUCAACAAUUUGAGAUUACAUACAUCCCUCAAAAGGCUGUAAAAGGACAGGCAUUGGCAGACUUCCUAGCAGAUCACCCGAUACCUGAUGACUGGGAGCUAACUGAUGAACUUCCCGAUGAAGAUGAAAUGGUCGUUGAAAUUCAGUCUCUGUGGAAAAUGUACUUUGAUGGUGCUGCACAACGUGAUGGAGCUGGUGCUGGUAUGGUCAACGUUGCUGAAUAUCAAGCACUAAUACUUGGACUUGAAAUGGCCGUCGACAUGAAGCAGUUGCAGUUGCAAGUCUUUGGAUGGCUUGGUGAUGUGACUCUUCAGCAUGUUCCUAGGAGAGAAAAUAAGAAAGUCGAUGAUUUAGCUGCUCUAGCUUCAGCGCUUACUCUGCCAGAUCAAACACAAGUGACUAUCUGUCAAAAAUGGGUAGUACCUCCGUCAAAUGAGGAUGAAGGCGCGGAAAGUGAGCUUGAGCAUCUCGUAGCUGUUUCUGAAGCUGCAAAGGAAGACUGGCGACAACCCAUCAUUGACUACUUAAGUUAUAGGAUACUGCCAGAAGACUCAAGAAGAAGAACUGAGAUUCGUCGUCGUGCACCUCGAUUCCUUUACUACAAGGAUACCUUAUAUAGAAGAUCUUUUGAGGGGAUACUCUUGCGAUGUUUGGGGGAGGAUGAAGCAGUCCAAGCUUUGCAAGAAGCACAUUCAGGAGUAUGUGGAUCGCAUCAAUCUGGACCAAAGCUCCACUUCCACAUAAAAAGGAUGGGAUAUUAUUGGCCAACGAUGGUGAAAGAUUGCUUGGACUAUGCUCGAAGAUGCAAGCGUAAAUCUUCUAUGUAUCAUGCUGCCGCCAACGGUUUAGCUGAAGCUUUCAAUAAGACUUUGUGUAACUUGUUGAAGAAGGUUGUCUCCAAGUCCAAAAGGGAUUGGCAUGAACGAAUGGAAGAAGCCUUGUGGGCAUAUAGGACAACUUACCGCACGCCAACGCAAGCAACCCCAUACUCGCUUGCUUAUGGAGUUGAAGCAGUCCUACCACUUGAGCGCCAAAUACCUUCUUUACGACUUGCUAUUCAAGAAGGGCUCACCGAAGAGGAAAAUGCUCGGUUGCAUCUUGCAGAGUUAGAAGCACUUGAUGAGAAAAGGUUAGAGGCUCAACAAAAUCUUGAAUGUUAUCAAGCUCGUCUAUCUCGUGCCUUCAACAAAAAGGUUCGCUUGAGUUCCUUCCAAUUAGGAGAUCAAGUCCUUGCAGUAAGAAGACCCAUUAUCGUUUCCCAUAAGUCUGGGGGCAAAUUCACCUCAAAAUGGGAUGGACCAUAUGUCGUACAAGAAGCAUAUUCAAGUGGCGCUUACAAGCUUGUUGAUGCGGAUGGCCUGAGGAUCGGUCCUAUCAACGCAAAGUUCCUGAAGAAGUACUAUCCUUAA